AUGAUGGAUGAUCAGGACCUGGGCUUCUUUGCCAAUUUUCUUGGCAUCUUCAUAUUUGUAUUGGUAAUAGCGUAUCAUUAUGUGAUGGCCGACCCAAAAUACGAAGGCAACUAAGGAUCUGUUUCCUUUUUUAUGUAUUUGCAACAGAGAGAUGCAUUUUUCUUGCAACUAAUGGAGAUACCCUGUUAAUUUUGUAGCCUGAGCUGUUUCACAAUGGAUUCAACUUGAAUUAGUCAAAAGCUUUGUUAUGCAAUGUGAAUGUUUAUUGUUAUAA